AUGGCGAAACUUCGCCGUUCGCUAGAAGAACGCCGUCAAUUGCUACAACCAUGUAAAGCCAGACGCAUGGCGGAAGUGGUAGGCGGGACAACAGCCGAAGUAACGGCUGUUUGCUGCUGCUUCCCAUGCGCAGCGGUCGAUUUCACGUUUUUGACAAUGUACAAGGUCCCGGCGGGUAUGUGUAGGAAUGCUAUUAUGCGAAGGAGGCACCGGCCGAGGCUGAUGAUGCCCCGAAAUGGGAAAGAAAGGCGGGUCAAGACGCAGCUGGAGAUGCAUCCUGCGGUCGUGGCUGCGUUACAGAGGUUUGUGAAGCCGGAGAUGGAUAAAGAUAUGUUGGCAUUGGAGGAUGAAAUGUGGAAGAAGUUUGCUGAUAGUGGAUUUUGGAGGGGUACAAGAGAGGAUUGA